GAUUGGUUGGGGAGUGCAGAGGACCCGUAAUGCUCCGCCUCUUCGCCGUUUUCUCCGCCCCUCAGACGGUGAACUGAGUAGUAGCCACAAGCACUUGGGUUAGGUAUCUGAGAGCACUUUAAAAGAUGGGUCUACAUGUGCGCACCAUAACACCCUAUGCCCUACCUGGAGUGCUGGCACUCCUUGCCUGUUGGUGGUUCUUCUCACGAAAGAAAGACAAAUGCAGUAGAAAACCUGAUCAGAUACCAGCUUGUGUGGGUAAGGUCGAGACAGAUGUCGUGGAAGAAAAUCACAGCACUUCUGGGGCUAAACUUGUGCAGAUGGACAAAGAGGAGGAGACUGUAUUGGAAGAAGAUGGCACAUGCACCUUGUCUUUGGGUGCACAGGAGCCUUUGCACAUAAUUCAGUCUUGCUGCAGAGUUGAGGGGGACUUGGCGAAAGAAUCCCACUUACAAACUGUAAAAGUGGGCAUCUCACAGGAAUUUGCUAAUCAGGAAGUUGUUGAAAGUGAAAUCCCUGACAGCUUCAGGGCAAAUGAAGUGACUGAAGUCCAGAAAGUAGGGGUUUGCACAUCUUCAGUUCUCAGUCAGUUGCUUGAUGGAAAUAAAGCUGAAAAACUUAAUUCUGACACUGCGCUAAAUGAUGUAGAACAAGUGUGUCCAAUAUCCAAUGAUCCUUGUGAAUGUAGUCAGGCAGGUGAUCAUGAGUUUCCCUUAAUUGAUGAUCAGCAGAGCCAGGUCAUUGAGGAAUCUGAAUUGCAAGAAAUAUGCACCCAGACAGAAGCUAUUUGUGCCUCUGUGAAUUAUUUGCCUGUUAAAGAGCAGUGUGUUAAUUUUUAUGUUAAUGAAAUGAAAGCAGUAAAUACAAUGUCACCCCUACCACAGGCAGGAUCUGUAGAGAGGGGUUUAGUGUCCACCGAAGUAGAAAAAAUUGGUUUUGAAUCUUCAGAAUUAAUAGUACCAGCAUGUCAUGAUCAGAAUAGAAUUCAGGAAAUCACCUGUGAUGCCUUAAAUUGGCAGAGUGACGACGUCUGUGACCUUGAAUCUGGAAAACCACGCUCUCACAGUGAGGAUAUUGCACAGUCUGAUAUAACCAGUGCACUUUCUGUCCAAGACCUAGAUACACAGCCCUCUGUGGCUGAAACACCGUUGGAUGAUGCAGGAAGCCAUGUAGUACAGUGCUGCGAGUCCAUACAUGAUGAAAUCGAAUUAGAAUAUAAAGGUAAUGUCACACUCUGUGAAACCCAGUCUUUAGAAAGUGUUCUGUCAGAGCAAGUAAUGCAGGAUAAUACUUUGGAUUUGACUACCAAGAUUCCUCUGGAAGCAAAAGCUAUUUUUCAAAGUGUAGAAUCUGUAAUAGCAGGUGAGCCCUCUGAAAGUUGUGAAAACUCCAUCACUGAAGUGGUCAGAGAGGCUAAUUGUACCAAUUUAAUGGAUGCUUUUUCCAAAUGUCUUGAAAGGAAUGAAGAAUAUGAGAAUUUGUGUCCAAUAGUUGAUGGUUUCAAAGACACAAAUACUAAAACAUUUUUGGGAGACUAUGAGGCAAAGAUAGUCGAACAACUAGCCAUUAACAUAAUUUCAAAAGUGAUUGUAGCUGCUAGACAAGAAAUUUUGUCUAGCUCAGUUAAUGAUGUGUCCGAUAGCAGUUGUCAAGUUCUUGGUGAGAAAAGGGAUGUGCGAACAAGUGAUGCACAGAGUAAGCAGUUGGUUCAAGAAAGUGACGAGGUUUCUGCAAACCUUACCUUGGGUUUAAUAGAUUUUGACCAUACUUCUGAGUCUGAACUAUCACAAAGUAAGAAACUUGGAAAUACAGAAUUGACAAGUAAUUUCUGUCUAGAGCACCAAAGGGAAGAAAAACCACCUAAUACAUCGGUUUAUCAGAGGUCAUCUGAGUCAGACUUUAGUCCAGUUCAUAGAAGAACAGAUUUUUUUGAGUGUCACCAUGCCUUGGAGGAUUCCAGUCUUGUGUUUACAUGCGAAGAAGGCAUCAACAUGGAUGAUCCAUUGCAAAGCACAGUGUUGUCAGCUCUUGGUAUUGGUUAUGACUCGCUGAGUUCUUCAGGGAUUGAGCUAUCGAGGGAAACCUUUGUGUCUAUUGAAAAACCAAAGAAGGUUAUGUGUGGAGAAAAUGAGCGCUACAGUAAUGGAGAUGUAAAGAGAGGUUCGCCAGACAUAAACAGUGAAGGACCCUUGACUGCUGAGUCAGAGGCAGAUCAUUCAGGAGGUUAUUUGUGCAAGCUGGACAUGGACUGCAUGUGUGACCUUGUAACGCCCACCCUUCAUGGGAGACAUUCUUUUGAGUUCUUCACAGGUUGUAUUCCUUUUAAAGGUACAUUGGGGGGAUCGGAUGUAAACAGCAUGGACUCUGUGGAUAGUGGUUGUGCUUUGGGAAAUAGUGAGCAAAAUAUGAAGCAGAAAUCUGAUGCAAAAAAGGCUGAUGUUGUCAUCUGGGAGUUUGAAGUGCCAAAGUAUUUGGUUGGUCGAUUAAUUGGGAAACAAGGCAGGUUUGUGAGUUUCUUGAAGCAGUCAUCAGGUGCCAAAAUAUAUAUCUCUACUGUGCCUUACACACAGGAUAUUCAAAUCUGUCAUUUGGAAGGUUCUCAACAACAGAUAGACAGAGCUCUGAGUCUAAUCCGAAAGAAAUUCAAGGACUUGAAUCUGACAAAUAUAUUUGCGCCCCCUCCUCCUCUGAUCCCUCUUCCUGUUGCAUCAUGGCUCACACUACCAAAUAAUGUCUCCGUGGAAGUAGUUGUGGUUAAUGUGGUGAAUGCAGGGCACAUGUUUGUCCAGCAGCGCACGCAUCCUACUUUUCAUGCACUUUGUGGCUUGGAUCAGCACAUGAGCCUCUGUUACUCACAGCCGGGUAUUCCGUCAUUGCCCACACCCGCAGAAGUUGGGAUUCUCUGUUCUGCACCUGUUGGGCCCAGUGUUUGGUGGCGAGCACAAGUGAUGGCCUACUUUGAAGACACCGAAGAAGUUGAGAUCCUCUAUGUGGACUAUGGUGGCUACAAUAGAGUCAAGAUUGAGACCCUCAGACAAAUCAGGUCAGAUUUUGUUUCACUACCCUUCCAAGGCGUAGAGGUUCUUCUGGACAAUGUAAUUCCACUAGGAGAUGAAGAUCAGUUUUCAACAGAAGCUGAUGCAGCUGUAAAGGAGCUGACAAGGGGUGCACCAAUGCUUACACAGGUUACAAAUUAUGACGAAGCGACUAGACUUCCACUUGUCCAAUUAUGGCGUCUAAAUCCUGAUGAGAUGGUGUCGGUCAACAGGACGAUUGUGGAAAGAGGCUUCGCUGAAUGGGUUGAUAACUAUUAAUGACACCAUUUCAGUAAAUCUAUUUUGUACUGUAUUAGGCUUGGCAUGGAGACUGUCAUGACUGAAAAGUCAACUCUCUCAUCUCAUGUUCAUCUGAUGGCGUUGUGGUUUUGGUCAGUGAAAAUUCACAGCAAUAGUCUGUCUAGAGAACAGACCACAAAGCCAUAUACCCCCAUCCCACCCUUUCUUUCUUUCUUUCUUUCUUUCUUUCUUUCUUUCUUUUUCUUUAUUU